AUGGCUCCUCAGAGGGAGAACAACAAUCGCGGAGGCGGAAAGCGCAGGAAUACCGGCCCUCUGGACUCCGAGCUCGUCAACACCUCGCAGAGAGGCGGCGCCCAGGUGAAUGUCAAGGCUCCUACGCCUAAUUUCCUUGGUAGUGUCACUGUUACCACCUAA